AUGCCCAUCUCUGAUCGUCAACGCGCCCUUUCAGGAGAACGUCGACUGAGUCAGCAGGACAUGUAUUCGAACGGACACAUCGUACACACCGAGUGGACUGGACACCACGACUCGACAAUGGACUCUCUUCACCGCGAGCCCUCGAGCUACUAUAACGACGAUCAUGUAGAAUAUCAGCACUCUGGAGUACAUCAUCCAUACCACACCGACAAUGGCAUGAACUACCGUCUCAAGGGCGGUCACGACAGCCAUCAUUCGAACCUUGGAGAUUACACCAUGCACGGCGGUGCUUAUGAUAGCCGGUACGGUUCAGUAGUAGGCGUACCCAGAAGCGAGCAUCUCGACAGCGACAUGGAUAUGCGACUCGGGAACGCCAUGAUGGACAAGCAACGCAACAACUCGAUCUCGUCCAACGCAAGCUCCAACUCGUCCAGCUCGACUGCCAACAAACAUCCAUGCAAGUUCCCAACAUGCGGCUGGAGCUUUAAGCGAUACGAGCAUUUGAAGAGACACAUGUUGGUCCAUACCAAGGAGAGGCCGUUUGUGUGUGAGUUUCAGGGCUGUGAGAAGUCGUUCAGUCGGUCAGAUAACUUUUCGGCCCAUUUGCGGACACAUACCAAGAAGUCGAUGCACAUGCGCAAGUUUGAUCGCCACCUGAUGAUGGACUCCAACAACAGCUUUAUGUCGCUGAAUAGCCCCAAUGUCGGUAGUGGCGGCAUGGUUGCCAAUGGGAUGGUCUGUGUAGUCGGAGGAAAUGACGAUGGUCGUGGAUAUUCGGCUGAGCCCUCCUCGCACUACCGCCAAAGCAUGAAUGGGCACCACGAAUAUCACGAUUCGCGCCAUUCUCCGCCAUUACCUCAACCACCGCACACACAGGCCAUCGGAGCUGGACAUGGCUCUCUUGACUCUGGCCUACAUCACGCGACCCGUACUCCUUACCAGCCGACGGUGCGGGAAGAAUCCUCAUCAUCCCUUUCAACCCUGUCUACAAAGAACAACAGCACCUUCUCAAUCACUUCAACUACCUCAGCAGAAUCCCUAUCGCCCAAAGCAUCUACAGCCAUGUCCAGCCAUAAUAUAUCAAAACCUGCUGUUGUCCUCCCCAAAUUCAGCCCUAUCAAAAUCGACCUCAAGGCUGUCUCCAACAAUCCUGACGACGUCCACCUCCAUAACCAACACAACAUCAAGCCCGACUCUUUGAACCGCCAUAGCCACCGCAGUCACCAUUACCAAGACGACAGGGACUAUCAACAUCGCAACCAUCACCAUCGCUCCCAAGACGAUCGAUACCACGAGCACGAGUUUGGUGGUCACAGCUCAAAUCAGGGUCCGCCGUAUGCGCGCUAUAACAGUCCUAGUCUGAGACCUCCUAGUCCACCACCAUUGCGUUCGUCGUCUACUGCCCACCGUCGCUAUGGGUCUUUGGAUAUGUCACAACAGCAGCAGCAGCAUCCUCACCAUAGGGUGAUGCUUGGCAGCAGCCAUGACAACCCAAACCCAAACCCAAACGGCGAGUCUCCAACACUACCACCGCAGAGAUUGUCCUCAUCUUCUUUCAAAGGAAACUCGGCUGGGUUCUCGUCGCACUUUAUGCCGAUGGAGGCUGGUCACGAGAGCGGCGGUAGUAGCAGUCGGCAGAGCCGAGGAGGCUUCUUGGAUCAUGGUGAGGAAGACGAGGAUGUUGGUGACGAUGAAGAAGAAGAGGAUGACGAGGACAUGGAUGGAGGUGAUGAGGAAGAGGUUGCCGAGAACGCGUUGAGGGUUAAGAAAUUGCAGAUGAUGGGUACCUAUCAGUCAUCGCUCAACCUCACGUCGCGUCACCGCCAUAUGAACGGGUCUGUCUCGCCAUCACCCAUGAUGCCGAUCCGGAGUAGCUCUGAGGGGUAUGCUAGUUCGGCAAUGAUGUUGGAUGAGGAUGGGAACCCGAUCCAGGGAAAUGGUGAUGGCGCGUACCAUCGCCACUCGAUAUCGGGCUACACUCCUGAUCCUUCUUCGUCGGCUGGAAGUCGUCGUAUGCUUGUCAUGUCUCCUUGUCUCCAAUCGUCGUUACCUCAGGGCUCUUCUGGGUAUUCGCAAGGUCCUCGUGGCUCUUCGUACCAUACUGAGGCCUCAUCGAGUUACUCUCAAGGAUACCCUCGAUGUGGCAUGGCUACAUCUUCUUCUUCCAGCAUAGAUGCUGGUAUACACCACUACCCACAACAGCAUCGCAUGCUGGAAGCAGAAAACGCAAGUAGUGGCGGAGGAAGUGGUUCACAAUACGCAACAGGCCGUGUCCGCGGAUCGGGUGGACCCUCCAAGAACCAUUGCUGUCCUGUCCCUGGAUGUAUGAAGCGGUUCAAGCGGUUGGAGCAUCUGAAGCGACAUACCAAGACUCAUACUCUGGAACGUCCCUUUGCGUGCACUAGCUCUGGUUGCAACAAACGGUUCUCCCGAUCUGACAAUCUUUCUCAACAUAUCAAGACACAUCAACGCCAGUUGAUGAGCAAGUCUCACUGGAAGCACCGUUCGAUCAUGUCAAUGCCUGGACUCUAA